CCUUCCCUUCCCACGGGCCACCCUCCAUGAGAAAAUUUCCAUUUGGGAAAUUUUCUUGUGGCGUUGCAUAGAACCUCUACUGAGAUACCUUAGAAAUUUUCGUGCAAUUGUAAAAAGGUGAAAAGGAAAUAGUAAAAGGCUCUUUUCUUGGGGCCUUUUUACCCCAUACAUAGGGCUUGUAUAAAUUAGGAGGGAAGAGAGGAGAGAUAGCCAAAGGUUUGUAAUUUGAUAGCUAGAGGAGAUGGGGAGCCACUAUGGCGAUUACACCGCAGGGGCAGAGCUGGAGCGCGAGACCUAUUGGCCGAAUGAAAAGCUUCGCAUUUCCAUCUCCGGCGCUGGAGGAUUCAUAGCAUCACACAUCGCGCGGCGGCUCAAGGCCGAGGGCCACUACGUCAUCGCGUCGGAUUGGAAGAAGAACGAGCAUAUGAGCGAGGAGAUGUUUUGCCACGAAUUCCAUCUCGUGGAUCUGCGAGUGAUGGAGAAUUGCUUGGCGGUGACCAAGGGUGUUGAUCACGUCUUUAAUUUGGCAGCCGACAUGGGUGGGAUGGGAUUCAUACAAUCGAAUCACUCGGUGAUUCUUUUCAACAACACCAUGAUCAGUUUCAACAUGCUGGAAGCAGCUCGGAUCAAUGGAGUCAAAAGGUUUUUCUAUGCAUCCAGCGCAUGCAUUUACCCAGAAUUCAAGCAACUUGAAACGAACGUGAGUCUCAAGGAAUCGGAUGCUUGGCCAGCAGAGCCUCAAGAUGCUUAUGGACUAGAGAAGCUCUGCAGUGAAGAGCUGUGCAAGCACUACACCAAGGAUUUUGGAAUCGAGUGCCGGAUUGGAAGAUUUCACAAUAUUUAUGGGCCUUUUGGUACCUGGAAAGGUGGACGGGAGAAGGCUCCAGCGGCAUUUUGUAGGAAAGCUCUAACUUCCACUGAUAAGUUUGAGAUGUGGGGUGAUGGGAAGCAAACACGAUCAUUUACGUUCAUCGAUGAAUGUGUGGAGGGUGUUUUGAGGCUGACAAAGUCGGACUUUCGUGAACCGCUCAAUAUCGGAAGUGAUGAGAUGGUGAGCAUGAACGAGAUGGCUGAGAUUAUCUUGGGUUUUGGAGACAAGAAACUGCCAAUCCACCAUAUCCCUGGGCCAGAAGGUGUUCGUGGUAGAAAUUCGGACAACAAUCUGAUAAAGGAGAAGCUCGGUUGGGCCCCAACAAUGCGACUCAAGGAUGGACUCCGGAUCACUUAUAUGUGGAUCAAGGAGCAGCUAGACGAGGAGAUCUCUGAGGGACAGGAUAUGGCUGCUUAUAGCUCCUCCAAAGUUGUGGGAACUCAAGCUCCUGUCCAGCUUGGCUCGCUCAGGAAGGCCGAUGGCAAGGAGUAGUAAAGCGAACUUAAGUGACAAACUCAAAAAGUAAAAGAGUGAGCUUUGGAUAAUCACGAAGCGUUCCUUCACUCCCACUUGCGGUGGAAGUGAAAGAGUAGCAGCAAUAAGAAUACAAACAUCUUGGUUUUAUUUUUCUUU